CUCCGGCUCGGUCUAUUCCCCCCCGCCCCCCCUCAGUCCCCGCGGGUUCUUCGCUGCGAAGAAAAUGGCGGCGGCGCCGAGCGGAGACGAGGAGAGAUUGGAAGAAAAAUCUGAGGACCAGAAUCUGCAGGGCCUCAAGGAGAAGUCCCCGAAGGCCAAAAAGAUGAAGAAGGAGAAGCAGAGGGAAGCCGAGCCGGCCGAGGCGGGCAAGGCCGAGACGUCCGAAGGAGCCGGGGCCGCCCCGGCCGCCCCUGAGGCCUCGGCCUCUCCCAAGCAGCGGCGCUCCAUCAUCCGGGACCGCGGCCCCAUGUACGAUGACCCCACGCUGCCCGAGGGCUGGACCCGCAAGCUGAAGCAGAGGAAGUCGGGCCGCUCGGCGGGAAAGUACGAUGUCUACCUGAUCAACCCCCAGGGCAAGGCCUUCCGCUCCAAGGUGGAGCUUAUCGCUUACUUCGAAAAGGUAGGGGACACCUCCCUGGACCCCAACGAUUUCGACUUCACGGUGACGGGCCGGGGCAGCCCCUCGCGCCGAGAGCAGAGGCCCCCCAAGAAGGCCAAAGCCCAGAAGGGCCCCGGGACGGGGCGUGGGCGGGGCAGGCCCAAGGGCAGUGGCUCGGCCCGGCCCAAGGCGGCCGCCUCGGAGGGCGUGCAGGUCAAGCGGGUGAUCGAGAAGAGCUCCGGCAAGCUGCUGGUCAAGAUGCCAUUCCAGGGGCCGCCGGGGGGCGCCGGAGGGGCGGGGGGCUCGGCCACCACCUCGGCGGCCCCGGGGGCGGGCGGGCGGCGGCCUGGGCGCAAGCGGAAGUCGGAGUCGGACCCCCAGACGCUGCCCAAGAAGCGGGGUCGCAAGCCGGGGGCGGCGGCGGGGCCCGUGGGGCCGGCGGUGGCCGAGCCCAAGAAGAAGCUGGUGAAGGAGCCGACCUUCCAGGCCGUGCAGGAGACGGUGCUGCCCAUCAAGAAGCGCAAGACCCGCGAGGCCGUGGCCCUGGAGGUGGCCCCCCCGCCCCCCGAGCGCAGCCCCAAGGGACCCCGUCCUGGGCGCCGGAGCAAGGAGAGCAGCCCCAAGGGGCGAGGGGGCAACGCCACCCCCGCCUCCCCCUCCCCCAGCCGCAAGGAGCCACAGCCGCCCCCCCCACCGCACCAGCCGCCCCCCGAGCCUCUGGCCCAGCCCCCCGCCAGCCCCAAGGACAGCGUGAGCCCCCCCGAGGCUCAGGACUUGAGCAGCAAGGGGCAGCCGGAGAGCGACGGCUGCCCCAAGGAGCCGCCUAAGACUCAGCCGCCCGCGGUGCUCUACAAACACCGAGGGGAAGGGGAGCGGAAAGACGCUGUGUCCACCCCCUCCUCGGCCCCCCGGCCCAGCAGCAGGGACGAGGCGGUGGAUACCCGGACGCCGGUCUCGGAGCGCGUCAGCUGACUUUGGGCGGCCCACGGCUAGCGGGACGGACAGACAGACAGACACACCCCCCCCCCCCAAGACGAGAGGCAGCUGCUCCCGGGUAGGGCUCCGGCAAAGCACCUCCCCAGCCCCACGGCGCCCCCUGGCUUCCACCCCCUCCACUUCUGCCCCCCUCCCCGUUUUUACUACCAAGAAGCACAGUGAGGGGUGUGGACCCCCCCCCCCCCGGGUUGGAAGCCACUUUGCACUUUUUCUAUGAGAGAGGGGUGCCCAUAUACUACUGACCAGGGCAGCUGUUUGGGGGGGCUGCCCCCCCAGCUCCUGAACACCCCCCACCGGGCGGGAUGAGGGGGGGACCGUGUGUGUGGAUCCCCCUCUCCCUCUCCAGUGCCAUGUAACGUCGUCUGUUCUUCAGUAUCGAUCCGUGUUCGUUUGGGUAGGGCCCACGUAGGGGGACUCAGCCCCUCUCCCCCAAACUCCGAACAAAGCGGGGGCGCUCAGAGCCUGUUCCUCCCGCAGGGUGGGGGUCGGGUCGGGCCGGGCCGGGCGGCCGAGGAACGACAACGUUCUUCCACUUCUUUCUCAACGUUACUAGCUUAGGAAACCAUUUGCACUAACAAGCCUUUGGCCGGCCGGGGGUGGGGGGUCGGGUGUGAAACUACCUGUAACUCUUGGAUCGGUCCCGGGGCGGGGGGCGGGCAGAGCCCUGAGCAUCAGCGGGUUUCUAACGGGGCUGCUUCGGGAGGGGGAAAUCCAGGGCUCUCCAUUCAUACCUGCGCUGCCCCCACCCAGCCCCAGGGGCGUGGCUUGUACUGCCGGGCGGGGGGGCAGAUGGGAAGGGAAAACCUAGCUGAACCCCCCCAAGGAGGCUGUGCCUUUUUUUUAAAUGAUGGACACAAAGGGUUUAACAUAUAUUCCUCCCCCUCCCCAAGGUGAGCGAAAUGGGGAGGGGCCGAUCCCCUCCGCUCAAAGCCCUGCGGCUAAGAGAGAAAUACAUCAGAGGCUGAGCUCUGCGCUGUGCAUAGCAGAGCGGUACAGCUCCAGCAGCCUGGAACCCGGCCCUCCCCAUUGCAAACCAGAGUGACUCUGCAUUGAGCGCAGGGGAGCUGAGAUCAGAACCCAGCUCUGUCCCCAUUGCAAACCGGAGUGACUCUGCAUUGAGCGCAGGGGAGCUAAGAUCAGAACCCAGCUCUGUCCCCAUUGCAAACCGGAGUGACUCUGCAUUGACCACGGGGAGCAAGAUCAGAAUCUGGCCCUGCCCCUGUUACAAUCAAGAGUGACUCUGGACUGACGCAGGGCAGCUGAGAUCAGAAUCUGGUCCUGCCCUCAUUGCAAUUGAGGUGACUCCAGAUUAACCCCGGUGGGAGCUAAAAUAAGAAUUGAGCCCUGCCCCAUUGCAAUCAGGAGUGACUCCGGAUUGACCGUGGUGGGUACCAAGAUCAGAAUCCGUCCCUGCCCCGUUGCAAACGGGGGUGAUUCCGGAUUCACCCUGGGAAUCCGUUCCAGAGAGUAACUGAAACUUCCUCCUGUUUCUCCCCUGCUGUUGCUGAGCUGGGUCCAGUUUCCCACCAAGGCUUUUUGGGGUUGGCCAGACCUGACCCUGGGGAGAGGUGCCGCUAGUUUUCAUUUAAAAAAAAAAAUCCCCCCAAAGCCAGCAGAAAAAGGCCUAAAUCCAUGGUGUCCUCUGCUGUCCCGCGAUCCUGGGGGGUCCUAUGCUAGGGCCGGACGGAGGCUUUGAUGUGCUUGGUGGGUGGAAAGGGGGUCCCGAGGGUGACCCCCCCCCCGGGGGAGGGAUCCAGCGACACUCGCUGCCAGGGCUUGGCAACAGAGGGGGACGCUUGGCCCCGGCGGGGGCUGGGGCGUGUUAAUCAGUCCUGCACCCAGCUUGGCACCCUGCCCGCUGCUCUCCUCGGCGGCCAGCCUCCAAAAUGCUCCUUCAGAUCCCCGAGUGUGCAGGGGGGGAGCCGCUGUGCCCUGUUUGUAGCACGUUACUCGCUCCCGGGCCGCAAGGCCUCCCCUCGGCACCGAGCGAUUGGGCUGCUGCCAGGCAGCGCAGGGCAGAGCCUCCCGGCUUCGCCCGCCCCACACACGGGCUGGGGACAGACGGGACGCCCCAAGGUACCUGAGCACUAAAGUGGGGUGCUUUUAUUGCAGGGCAGCCUAAGCCUGGCUGGGAACGGUGCCCCCGUCGUUCCGCGCUGAGCAGCUGCCAGCAGAGCCCAGCACUGAGCUGCUCUGCACGGCUUGCCCAGGGCUGGUACGGACCCCGCUGUCCCUCCGCCACCACAUCCAGGGCAAGUGGGGCCGGAGUCGGCUGUCUAGACAUCUGGGCCCAAAGCUGGAGGCUGCCUCCUUGGAACCCUGGCUCCAACCCCCCUUUCCUGGCAGCCGGGCCUGCAGCGCAGCCGGCCAGCGGCUUGAGGAGGAGAUCGGUACUUUUGCACUUUAAGGAGCGGGGCCUGGCUAGUCACUGAAUGUCUCUUUAUUUUUGCUUAGGUUUCCCUUCACCUAACAACAAGAGUCUAGUGAUUUAUCUGAGUGGCACCGGCUGGGGGGGCAAGGGCCCUUACACCCACCAUGACAAAACUUCUUCACCUCUGCCGGUUGGCACCUGAGCCGCGGUAGGGCCAGAUCAGAAUGUUCCCUGCGGUAGAACCCCCACUCUCUGGCUGUAAAAUUCAGAGCAGCCGGUAGCCUGUAUCCCCCUGGACAUCCCCCUCUUUUCCCAGCCUGUCAUGAAAAAAAAAAAAAAGGAUUGGUGGGUGAAGUGGGAUUUCAUGGGACCCCCCCAAAACCAGGAAGCCAAAGGGGGCAGUGCUUGGAUGGUAUUUUCACCCCAUUCUUGUUCCUACAUGGCCAGCUCAGCUGUGAUAUCCCCAAACCCUCCCCAGUGAAGACUCAGAGUGAGCCGAACUGGUUAAAACAGGACCUCCCCAUGCUAGCUUUGCGACUCACCUCACCCCCACGUGAAAGUGGUCCCUGCCAUCAGCUGAUCCCAGCUAGAGUUUAAUGGGAGGCCUGAGGUUUGGGCUUGGUUUCUGUUUCCAAGGGUCGGGGGGGGACAUGAUUUCCUUCUGUUUCUCUGAUUUAUUUUUAAAUGCGCCCUGAAGCAUCAGAGUUUUCUAUACCUACCUGUCUAGUGCGUUAUAAAUCCGUGGGGAUUGACUUGCUUCCUUUCCUUUCCUUUUCGUUCCUCUUUCUGCUUGUGACUGACAACACAAGGGGGGGAUUUAAAAACUCACCCCAAUGCACCUGUCUGGUGGGGGGGCGCAAUCUUCCUCUUGCUUCUUUACAGGAUCCCUGCGACUUACUAGCGUAGGAUAAGGGACAAUAAACAGAUCCUUCUAAUCUGCCUGCCAGUAGCUUUCUCUGUGAGCAGAGCUGUGAUCUCAGUGGUUCUGGUUCUCUCUCUAAAGGGACCCCAGCCCAGCUCCGGUGUGGAGGAGUGAAGGGGGCAGCUAAUGCCCUAGUGGGGUGGGGUGGGGUUUUUGCACUCCUCUGCUUGUGUCUCAACUCCUGAAUGUCUCUGAUCCUGAACAGGGUGCCCUUGGAAGCACCCGUAGCAAUGAGUAGACCACUCGGAUCCUGGCUGCUGUGGGCCGGGAAGUCCUGUAGUGGCGGAAUCGGGACCCCAGGGGCUACAGGAUCAGACCCUCCAUUCUCUCUCCAACCCUGUGUGCAUCUUGGGUGAGCCAAUCUGCUCUGCGUGCAACGCUGCUUCCUCUUUGGACUCUCGGUCAACCUUAGAACAGCGUGUCUCCAGCGGGCGCCAAGUGGGCAUGACUCUGCCUGCUGGACGCCUGGCCCUCCGCCAUCGCAAUGGAGCACUUUGAGCAGCCUCGUGGCCAACUGGCGUAGACCGGACUGAUUCCGUAGGCAAUGCACCCACACCCGCUGGAUGACGUAACUGGAGCUAGGAAGACCUGGUCUUUGUGUUCCUCAAUGUUUCCCCACUGAUGGGAGCAGUGCCCAUGAUGGCACGCAAUCUGGGGCUGUGCUUAAAGACCAUUCUGGCUCCCGCCCUUUCAUUUAAGUUAGCAAUAGCCGCUCGGGAAGUAGCAGUUUUGAAUUGCUGUUCUUCCAAAAGACGAGUAGCCCAAGCAUUCAACUUCCAAGGGGAGGGGGUGGGAGGGUCCCGAAGUGUCCAGAUUCUUCCACCACGGUUGUCUUCCUGCCCUCUUCCGGAUCCAACCCCCUCCCACCCCUCACUCACUCCCCGCUCCCCAACCCUUGGGCUGGGAGUUCACCCUGGAUGGGAUUAGAGGAGAUGCCGUGGGAUUCCUCCACCACCCACACGCAAUCUGUUGAGUGCAAAAAAUUAAAUCUAUUGGUAAGCUUCUCGCCCUCCCUAGGGUCAGAGGCCACCUCCUUUUUCCUCCGCUUCCGUCAGACAACAUCUUUCCGCUUUCAAGACUCAGUAGUGAUUGUCAUAUGACCAAAUAUUACCAGGACUGUUAAUCAGUAUAUGCUGAGUGCUUGCCCUUUGUAUACAGAUGUAAACUCCCCCGUGUAUAUCCGACUCUUUCUAGCAAGAGGCUGUUUUGUUACGUUUUUUGCCUUUUUGGUUUUAAACAAGUUGUUCUUUUAUCUUGUUGAAAAUUCCAGAGAGAGACAGAGACACACACACACACACACACACAGAGAAUUGGGAUUUUGGUUCAAUUUUAGUUUUCCCUGCCUCUGCUAGUCGUUUCUUGGGGGGGAGGGGGGGACAAAAAACGUGGUGUUUCGAGAUUUUAUAUUUGUGUGUUAUUUCUUUUAGUCUUGCCCAGUCGAGUUUAAAAAAAAAUGAUGAGACAGAGGAAUGUUGGUGAAGUCUUCUGUGUUUUCUGUUUUCCUUUUGCGAUGGCCUGCAGGUCUGUAUCGUGAACGUUUCUAGAAAGUAAUUGUCCCAAACACACGUUUCCAUCAUGAUGCUUUACAAAAAAAAAAAAAUUAGAGAGCCCCCGAGAGCUUCCAAUCGAAAUAGGUUUCAGAGUAGCAGCCAUGUUAGUCUGUAUCCGCAAAAAGAACAGGCGUACUUGUGGCACCUUAAAGACUAACAAAUUUAUUUUAGCAUGAGCUUUCGUGAGCUGCAGCGUGAGCUGCAGCUCACGAAAGCUCAUGCUAAAAUAAAUUUGUUAAUCAAAAUAGGUUUUGCUCCCACUUGCAACAGAAAUCUACACUUAUUUGCUCUUGAAGUGCAAAUGGAGGCCUGCCUACUUCACUGAGGUACUCACCGUUAGAUACUUACCUGCUGCCACGUCCGGACUGUCGACACCUCUGGAAUCUAAUGCCCAAAGGGAGCCUGGGAGUUAACGCUAGCCACGGGCCGGGGGGCAUGAAGUGCAGACUUUUAACAAGGGAGUCGACCACUUGGAGAGACAGUUCACGCAGUGUCCAUCACAUGCCAUAGUUCAGUCAAAGUUGGGCUGGAUUUUCUAAUUGCUCUAUCACAACUUUGGGAUGGAGGAACUGCCGGGGUGAGUGGCAGCUUCUUCUGGCCGUGACACAGAAUCAUAGAAUCUCAGGGUUGGAAGGGACCUCAGGAGGUAUCUAGUCCACCCCGCUUCUCAAAGCAGGACCAAUCCCCAACUAAAUCAUCCCAGCCGGGGCUUUGUCUAGC